AUGCGGGGCCGGGAGCCCCCGGGACGCUUCACGGUGCCGGCGGAGGCGGAGGACUCGGUGCUGGAGUUUCUGCCCCAUGUAGAGCGCAUCUUUAGGGUGCAGCUGAAUGUCCUUGGGGAGCCGGAACCGGGGGCUCCCAGCAUUUGGUUGCAGCUAGAGGGCCCCCCGGAGAACGUGGGCAGAGCCAAGGAAUACGUGAAGGGCCUCUGCAGCCCGGAACUAUGGGAGGAAGUCAGCUACCCACCAGCUCUGCACUGUGUCUUUCUUGGAGCCUGCAGCCUCUUUCUGGAUUGUCUAUGCUGGGGCACAUCAGCCCACAUGGUGCCCCAAACCCCAGGCUCCCUGCUGCUGGGGGGCCUGGCUGAGGCCUUCUUCAUGGCCCAGAACCGGGUAGAGGGGCUGGCGAAACGGCUGGGGCGUGACUCCUUCCCACCCUCCAAGCCCCGGGGGGCCCCAGAGACCGAAGUGAAUAGGGCUUUCCGGGCCUUGCUGGUAGGCAGGGAGGAUGAGCACUCGGGGGCCCUGCUGCACCUGCCUCUUGCCAUCCAGGAGGAGCUCUUGAGGCUGGUGCAAGAGGCCGUGAAGGAUGGGGGAGACGCAGAAUGGAUGGGCCCUCUUGAACCUCCCCCGGAUGGCUCUUCCAGGUCUCGGCCUAGGAGAAUAUCAGCGAAGCCCCUUUUGGAGCUCAGAACACUCCAGCGUGGCCAGUACUGUGGGUCACGCGGAGAGCCUGGAAAGGUCAGCCGGACGGAAGAUAGGCAAGAUCAUAUAAUCAGAGAGGGCUCCACAGUCUUAGAGCUGGGCGGAAGGAGCAGGGGCAAACGUGUCUAUAGGGAGAUCCCUAAUCUGAUUCCUAAUUGCAGGGGGAAUAAACGGCCCGUCAAUUCCCCUUCCUUCAGGGAAGAGAUGCUUGGCCUGAUAAGGCAGGUCUUGGGGGAUGGUCUGAGCCCCCUUACCCUCACCGGGCCUCCUCAUAGUGCUAGUGCUUCAAAGGCACAAGGUUCCCACAAACCUUCCUCAGAGCCACGGGUUCGCUGCGGGGAUCAUUCUUCCAAGAGGAAGGAGGAUCCUCCCGGCAAGAACUCAGAGGAAGGGCCAGAGCAACCCAGGGUAAAUUUCCCUCCUGAGAAUUAUACAAAACUGCGUUCUGCCCAAAUCAGGGAGGUAGGGCUAGCCCAGAAACAGCUCCAUAAUCUUGAAGCAAAGGCUGCCCUUAAGUCCCAGGUCACCAUGCCAUUUGCUUCCUGGAAGAACGUAAGCUUUCCUGGAACCUGGGGCCAAGGUAGUCCCUGCAGACCUUUGUGGCUAGGGCCACCUCAGCAUUGUGGGGUCGGGCAUUCAACCUUCUGGAGAGUACAGGAUGGGCACUCAUCUCCCUUGCCCUGGGGCCUAGAUUGGGGGCGCAACUUGCCUCACAAUCAAUUGAGGCAAGCAACUCCCCUUAAAUAUAAGUUGCAAGCACCAAGUCCUUUCCCUGUGAGACUAGAUUGGAAGAGUAGACCUCUUCUCAGGGACCCCAUCCUGGUGCCCCCAUCUUGUAACCCAGGGUGGUGGCAAGUGUUAAAAACAGCCCCCCAAUUGUGCCAGAGACCAGUGACCCUGACACCUGGAGGCUAUGAUGUCUGUUCAGGGAGCCUGCAGAGAGGAAGUCUUAUUGGUGAUUGGGAACCAGGGCUCCUUCCCACUUGGCUUCAUGAACCAAGGCUGGUUACUACCUUUACGGAGCAAGGACCCAUACAAGAGUUGGUGACCCCUUUCCCAGAAAUGUCUCUUGCCCGGGCAGAGAUCUUAACAGAUAUCCUUCGGGAUGUGUCUUGUGGCCAGCCCUAUGGCCCUGUCCCUGUCUCUCUGCUGAAGUACUUUGGGGAACCUGAGAGGCAGAGACAGGUAAACUGUCAGCCAAUACACUGCUUUACCACCGGCCCAGUUUUCAGGGAGAAACAAAGGAAGAAGAACAAAUGCCCCAAGGUUGUGAGCAGUGAACAGCAUGUGCCAUUUGUCCAUCCACAAGUGAAUAACUUAGUGACCAGCUUCCAGCGUUUUCAUGAGGCCUUGAGUGUGCCCUUCUCCUUGAGCCUUGAAAACAUCCCUGGGAAGCCAGGGCUUCGUCAUAUCAUCAUUGAUGGCAGCAAUGUGGCGAUGGUGCAUGGCCUCCAGCACUUCUUCUCCUGCAGAGGUAUUGCUCUGGCUGUACAAUAUUUCUGGGACAGAGGGCAUCGAGAGAUCACAGUUUUUGUACCCAAUUGGAGGCUGAGGAAGAACAGUAGGGUGAGAGAGGGCCACUACUUGACGAAGCUGCAUUCUCUCAGCCUGCUCUCCAUCACCCCUUCCCGAUUCGUGGAUGGCAAGAGGGUCACCUCCUAUGAUGACAGGUUUAUGGUGAAGCUAUCAGAAGAGACAGAUGGGGUCAUUGUCACCAACGAUCAGUUCCGGGAUUUGGUGGACGAAUCAAAGAAAUGGAUAGGGAUCAUUAGAGAACGUCUGCUGCCUUUUACUUUUGUGGGGAACAUCUUCAUGGUUCCAGAUGACCCUUUGGGGCGGGAUGGCCCCACCCUGGACACAUUCCUGAGGAGAACAGAUGGGUUGGAGCUGGCUGUUAGCAAUUUUCUGAGAGUCUGGGAGAAAAAGCCCCCCACCAAAGCCCCCUUUCUCCCUAUAAAGGCCAAGGGACUUCAGGGCAAUAAGCAUCUAAAGAAGGGUUGCUCUGGGCCUCAGCAAAAGGGGAAGGUAAAGAAGCUCACGGAGGAUGUAGAGAAACUAGUGACCAAGGAGGAAGACUCUCUAGAUACUUGCCUGUCCACAGUUUUCCGAGAAGAAUGCCCCUUCCUUUCAGAUGAUAUCCUCCGGUAUUUCAGCCUCCAGGACAACGCUUCAGAGACCUCUCUCUCCCCCUGGACGGGCUCUUCUCAACUUGAUAUCCCUUGGAGCAGGGCAGGACAACCCACGUGCCAAAGGGUCCUGGACCACUUGGCUCAGCUGACUGUGCCAACCAGCUUCUCUGCCCUCUCCUUCUUUGUGGGGUUCAUGGGAUGCCACAAAGAUGUCAUCCCCCGCUAUGCCUCACUUGUUGCCCCACUCCACGGCCUCCUGAAGAAGAAGACCCAGUGGCAGUGGACGCCGGAGCAUUCUCAGGCGUUCCUGGCCCUGAAGCAGGCUCUGGUGUCGGCCCUGUCCUUGGUCCCUCCGGACCCCCAGUUGCCUUACCGUCUGGAGGUGGCGGUGAGUGAGAAGACCUUGGCUGCCGUCCUGACCCAGGAGCGGGCAGGGCUGCGGCGCCCCAUCGCUUACACCUCCAAGCCCCUCCUCCCCCAGGAGGGCAAGGCUGCCCUGAGCCGAGGCGGCGGCCUCUGCGCCCUGGCCUGGGCUGUCAGGCGUUUUGCCCCCUCUCUGGGGUCUGUCCCCGUCGUUCUGGAAGCCUCCUAUACCUCCAGGGACUCCCCAGACCCUGAGCGGAGGGAGAGCCUCGAGACCUCCGACACGUGGCUGGCCCGAUGGUCCCUCCUGGUUCAGGAUAAGGACAGGAGGACGCUGGGCACAUCCUUCCUCCCGGGCCCUCUGGGGGACAGCGGCCUUCCCAUGCCCACGCCGGACUCACUGCCUCAGUUUUUCCAAAUUCUGCCGCCUUUUUCCGACUUGUCCUCCUUCGUAUGUAUUUACACUUCGGGAUAUUGCUUUUACCAGGACACGGAGUGGUGCGCGGGCUUCGGCUUGUACGUUCUGUCUCCCGACAGCCCCCCCCUGUCUCUCUCCUUCUCUUGUUCCCCUCACACGCCCACCUAUGCCCACCUGGCGGCCGUGGCUUGUGGCCUGGAGCGCUUUGUCCAUUCCUGCAUCCCUCUGGUCUUUCUGGUUAAUUGUAGCUGGCUCUUCAACAUCCUUCUAGACCUCCUUCCCCUCUGGCACUCCCGGGGUUUUCUGUCCUCCGAUGGGGCCCCCUUGCCUCACCCGGCCCUGCUGUCCUACAUCACUUCUCUGGCCUCCAGCCUCCCCACUUUGCCCUUCCUCUUCAAAGCCUCCUACAAGGGGGCCCUGUUCAGUGUGACGGUAGAGGCCCUCGCCAAGCAGGGUGCCCAGGGGUCCAGCCCGCUGUGGAAGCUGCCGAGGCACAUCAUGCCUUCUGUUGGAGUGGCCGCCAGCCCCUUGGGCGAUGGGCCCGAUCUUCAGGCUUUGCAGGAGAACGACGCCGUUCUGCUAGAAGCCAUUUGCCAGCUGCAGGCCGGCCGCAAGCUUCCCGGACAUUCUCCCCUCAAGCCUUUCGAACCCGGAAUCAGUUUUGUUAAGGAGUGCAAGCUGCUUAUGUACAGAGAGAUGAAGAGACCGAAGGUCUGGAUCGUCCCGGAACAGAUCCGCAAGGACCUGAUUUACUCGGUGCACGACGUCCCUCCCGGCCCCCACGCCGACCCGGAGGAGACCCUCAGGAGGGUGAGGAUGUUGGGUUGGUGGCCCAAGAUGCACGGGCAGGUGAGGGCCUACUGCAAGUGCUGCUUGUUCUGCACCUCCAUAAACAACCUGAGCAAGGAGUCCAAGUGCAUGCGGACGCAGUGGGCCUCCGCGUCGGCGGCGCCCUGGUCCAGUCUUCACAUCGACGUGAUCGGGCCCGUGCCCGCCAGCGAGGAGGGCCACAGGCACGUGCUCAUCGUGUCCGACGCCUGCUCCUCCUGGACCGAAGCUUUCCCGCUCAAGUCCUUCACGCAGAUGGCGGUGGCCCAGGUGCUGCUCCAGCAGGUGUUUUCCCGCUGGGGGGUGCCCGUGAGGCUGGCGGCCGCCCAGGGAUCUCAGUUUGCCCGGCACGUCCUGAUGAGCUGCGGCCUGGUGCUGGGGGCCAAGCUGGGCAGCGUCUCUGGGGACAUUCAGCCCGCCGAGCUGAGGGACAGGGCCUCCACCGAGGCCUUUAAGAAUUCGCUGAAGGAGUUCAUCAUCCUUCACGGGAAGAACUGGGCCAGCUGCCUGCCCCUGCUGCACAUGGCCUUUCGGGCCCCGCAGUCCGGGCCCACGCCUUUCGCCGUCGUGACGGGGGGCGAGAUGAGACUGGCCGAGUCUCUGUGGUGGGAGCUCAGCGGGGCCCACGUGGAAGGGCUGAAGAUGGACGUGUUCUUACAGCAACUCAGAAGUAACGUCCUAGACAGUCACCUGCGGGCCGCGCUGGCUUCCGGGGACCAGGCUGGCGAGGAGCAGAGCGGCUCCUUCCAGCAGGAAGCUCAGGGGAAAGAAUGGAAUGUGGGAGACCAAGUCCUGCUCUUGAACUUCUCCAAACCUGGCGCCGCUCGGUGGGUCGGUCCCUACUACAUUGUAGACAGGCUGAGUCUGUCCCUGUACAGGGUCUGGGGGUACCCCACUCCAGGGAAGCUGGGAGUCACGUACCCCACUAACCUGAUGAAGUCGUACCCCCAGGGCGGUGCUCCUUUGCCUUCCGUGAUAUUAGAACAGCUGGAAUAAGCCGUUCCC